AAUAAAAAAAAACUAUUUUGACGUGAUCGUGAAAACAGUGAAGUUGUGUCUGGCGUUGUUCUUCCGUGUUUUAUUAAAUAUUUGUAAAUUUUAUGCCUACCUAAGCCUGAAAUGUGCAUGGUGUUAAUAGUUUUCGUGUAUGUGUUGUGAUAAUGUGAUACGUGUUUAUUGUUUGAAAUGGAGACAAAUGCAAAUCAGAAGGUGUCAUGUGUAGCUAACUACGCGUACGAUGCGUCGGAGGCGGACGAGCUGUCGAUCCGGCCGGGAGACGUGCUGCGUGACGUGGAGCGACUGCCGGGCGGCUGGUGGCGCGGCGAGCUGCGCGGACGCCGCGGCAUGUUCCCGGACAACUUCGUGUCUGUACUCACGGAGCAGGCCAACGCCAGAUCCGGCGGCGUUCAGGGCCGGUGCCGAGCGGUGUUCAGCUACCAGCCGGCCAACCCGGACGAGCUGCCACUCAGCGUUGGAGACGUACUUGAAGUCCUUGGCGAGGUAGAGGAAGGCUGGUGGCAGGGCCGGCGGCAGGGCCGCGUGGGCGUGUUCCCGUCCAACUUCGUGGUGAUGCUCGACCCGCCGCAGCCGGCGCCGCCCUUCGAGCCAGCGCCCGCGUUGCCCCCCAAGCCUGUGAAAGAGCAAUGCCGAGUGCUGUUCCCGUACACAGCAGUAAACGACGACGAGCUCACACUGGCUGAAGGGGACAUAGUGACGAUCGUCUCAAAGGACGCGCCGGACCGCGGCUGGUGGCGCGGCGAGCUACUCGGCCGGCAGGGAUUAUUCCCUGACAACUUUGUGCAGAUGCUGCCAGCAGUGGCAGCGGAGGCAGAAGAGAAGAAACCAGACAGGCCGCCAUCGAAAACGAACGCAAUAUACCCCGUGCUGAACAAGUACUCAGAAAAGACCGCCUCAGUUAAAGAAUUGACCACGUCUAAAAUAAGUUUGCACAAAGAGAACACAAUCAGCAAGGAGAGUACCACACAAAGUACAGUAACCCACACAAACAAGACCGAGUCGGAGAAGCUUAUUCACAACGAGUCUGUCAACGACGGGACGUUGGACGGACAGAUUAAGAAACCUCCAGUGCCAUUGAAGAAAAGUCCGACCCCGAGCGCAGGCGUAGGCGGCUUGUUCAGCGGCCUGAAAACCAAAAUGUUAUCUUCUACAGACAAGGAGAAAUCUUCCUCGACGACAGUAAGCAGCGGCAGCAGCAGCGGCGGCGAGUGGGACCGGCCGGACGGCGCCGCCGCCUCGCGCCCGCCGUCCAACACGCUGGACCACGUCGAGCGCAACUCUAUGCUCAACGACCCCCGCGCUCACAGAGUCAAAGCGCCCCGCCGACGGCCGCCCAGUCAGGCUCUACGGGAUGACACGCCGCAACAGAUCGGGCUCAGCAAUGGUCACGAAGUACCAACAGAAAGAGAAAAGCCGCCAGCCGAGAAAGCUGAAGAAAUAAAACCUCGCGCUCGUGAAUGGGAGAAACACAAGGCGCCGUGGAUGGAGGAGCUUAAGUUGAAUCAAGCCAAGAAGACCAGCUUCGGGGCUGAUGGGAAGUCGCGAUCUGUGUCCACUGGCUCUGAAAGCGGCGUGGCCAGCAAGGCAGGCGGUGGCAGCACUGACAGAAUAUUAGAAUGUGGCCUCGAAGAAAAACGAUCAACGCAUUCGAUGGAAAUGUCAAAAAGCACAUCGUCUAUCAGCAGCCGAAUGUCUGUUCUAGAGAGUUUUGAAGAGACGAAAGUGCGUCACUCGUUGGAUUCGAAGAAAGAACUGAAUUCGAAUCGGGAAGAUCCGAUACCAGCCGCUAAGCCCACCUUAUUAAAUUCGCCCACUGCUGCAGGGCGAACGCUCCUAAACAUGUUAGACGAAAUCAAAAAGCCACAAGCGCCGCCGCCGCCUGUCGCCUCCACAAGACCGCCGCCCGAGCCCGCCGACAAAUCGCCCAACGCCAAAACCGAAAAAAUCAUCUCCAACUCGGAAAAAAUCGUCGCAACAUCAGAAAAACUCACAGAAAACAUAAUCUCCCGGUCGUCAGGCAUCUUCGAAAAGUCAAACACGCUGGAAAGAAUCGAGAAAAUAGAGGAGAAAAUACCGGAGAAGCCAAAUAAGACUGCGGAUAAAAGUGCGUCUGGAACGCUUGAGAGGCGGUUGCAUUCUUUAAAAGCGGAGAAGGUGGAACCUGCAAAGCAAGAUAAGGCAGAAAAGAUUGAGAAGAGUGAAGGAACGGAGGCGUUGAUCGCGCAGCUCAAUAGUAGGAUAUCAAAUUUGGAAAAGAUCAUCGAGGUGCAAAACUCAAUGUUCACCGCAGCGGUGGAGGAGCUCUCCGCUAAGCUGCAAGCGGAGGCGGACAAGCGGCAAGCGCUGCAAGCGGAGGUGGCUAAGCUCGCGCACUGCGUCACGCAGGUGUAGCGGCCCCGCGCCCACCCGCGCCCGAGGUAUUCUAGCUACGUGCACAUGUAAAGGGAUAUCGACAUUAUAGGCCGCGCACGAAAGUUGAGGCGAAUACGUACUCACACUGAUGUUAUAUUUGAAUACAGUAGCUUUAAGGUCUUUACCUACUACACCGUAUCAUACCAUGACCGUGCUAGGAACGUCUCAGGCACAAAAAGCAACACGAUACGCUCUACUGUGCCCACUGAACGGAUCGACGGCGUUCUGUGCCCGUAUACAUCCCGUAUGAUGCCAGUAUGCAACCAGUAUGUAACCCGUAUGUUGCCCGUAUGCAACAUCCACCAAAACCAAUAGGAAUCCGUUUCAUUCUCGCAUGCGUUACAGUGUCGCGUGGACGUCUUGGAGUGCUACCAAAUUUUUAAAUUGUAAAAUAGGUAUGGCCAUCAGAAAAUUAACUGUUAGGCGCUUACAACGCCAAUAUAACGGUCAUCAUACGCAUUUACAUCCCGUGUGCUCGCCGUCAUUUUGACGCUGCGUGCAUGGCACGCGACGGUGUUGGUCGGUGACGGAACGGUCUACUGGGAACAGUGUCAUACUUUUCAAUACAAAUAAUAUUUAUUUGCCUGACGCGUUCCUAGCACGGUCAUGGUAUGAUACGGUGUAGUGGGCAGAAAUCUUUACCAUGAGUUUACAUUUACGCCCGUAUUCACAAACAUUACUAUGAG